UCUAAUUGUUGUAUAAGAAUUGUAUUAUUUUAAUCGAUAUCUUAUUAAUUAAUCAUUAUAUGUUUAUUCGUGUAUAUUUACGUAUAUAAUCUCGUAUGUUUUUAUAUACUACUACUAUACUCUUUCCUAUACAAGAUAUAUUUGAUUCAUUAGCUUUACUAUGGCAACACACAAAUGGAGACGUAGCAAAUCGGAAGUUUCGAUGCUUGAUGUGGAAAUAAUGUUCAGUUCAGUUGUGAUCGAAUUUGAAAGCUUCUCCGACUUGAUCUUUAAAUUUCUAUUUGACAAUAUGUUUUUUUUGACAUAGUUUAACAAUACAGUGAUAGUAAAAAAUUUGACAAGCAUUUAUGUAUCUACACGGACAUGUAAUUACUGGAUAAUGAUAUCAGGAUGCUCAGAAAGAAGAAACGUGGAGAGAAGGAGAAGAAGGUGCGGAAAAAAUGUGUGAACGAACGAGAAACGUUGUCCUACGAACAGCAAAUUCUAGACAACAAUAAGCAAUUGUCACGGUUGCGAAGUCGAAACGAGGAGCUAGAACACGAGGUGAAGGUCAUCACCAAGAAGUUUGAGCAAUUGAAGGAGGAUCGAUCCGACGUCGUGGCGCACUUGAAACGGAACCUGGAGGGAAAGAUAGAGGAGGCUCGGGAGCUCAGCGAACGUUUGGUGGCCCUGGAGGAAUUGAGGAAACAGGAACAGGCCGAGUUCAAGAAGAAAGAGAGCGUGAUGGAGCUCGAAUAUCGUACUAUGGAGAGUAACUUGAGCGCGGAGGUGAAACUUGCAGCCGGGAAGCUGAACGCCUUGGAAGACUGGAGAUUAGCCCGCUUGGAUUUGAUGCACAAGUUUGAGGUACAGGAGGAGCAAAUCGCGAAACAGGAGGAAUCUCACAAAAGGACGCUCUACGAAACGGAGAAAUCAGUUAUCAUCUCGAAGGCUAAGAUGCAAAAGGAGAUGGAGGAACGAUUGAAGCAGCUUGCUCAGGAGUUUAAGGAGGCGACGAACAUUCGCAUCGCGGACAUGAUGCAUAACACGGUCAGGAGGAACAUCGCGCUGAAUCACGAGCUGAACGCGAUGCUGAGGGUCUGCGAGGACCUGGAGGCGAAGAGCGCCGAGUGUCAGGAAAACGAUCGUAUGCUCAGACUGCAAUGCGAAUUGUUCGAAAACGAGGCGAGAAUCGCCCUGAACGACGCAAUAAAACGGAAGCGCGCGAUACACAAACUUGUCCAGGACCACGUGAACACCACCCUCGAAUACGGACGAAUUCAACGAGAGAAUACCAGAUUAAACAAUUUUGAACGACUGAUGAACGAGUACAGGGCGAUCUGUGUGGUUUCGGAGCAGAAAGCGAUGAUCUUGGAGGAAUGUUUGCAGGAAACGAAAAGAGCCAAGGAGGAGGUCCUGGCGGAAGUGCGGAACAAGUGCGAGGAAUUCGAGAAAUUGAACAAGAUUCUGAAUGAAGCCAAACGAUGCGUUCUGGAAGCGUUACAGUUACAAGAGGACGCUUGCACGAGCGAUAUUUGUACUUCGUGUGGCGCCGAUCAGAAACAGCAGAUUAUUUAUUCGCUGCAGAAUAUCCUGGAAAAGAGUAAUAUUUCAUCUGAUGUAAUCGACGAUGAUGAUUCAUAUUUCGAUGUUGUUCGAUCUGGAGCUGCAUUUACAGCUGUAUUUACAGCCUACUCGCUCGAUCAGCUGAUCCUAAUGUCAGCUGUAUCUGGUCCAGGGGCAAAGGUCAUCGGAUUUGCGAGAUUCGAAUCCGUCACGUGUUGUUAUGUAUACGUCGUAAUAAUAAAAUGUGAUAUAAUUAUCAUCAUGGAAAGUGAAAACAUCACCAGAAAUCAAACCGUCGAGGCGGGCGUUAUUUUGAAUGACGAUCUGGAGUUUUGGAUGACACGAUUUCCGGCGCCACUCAAAGAUAUACCUAUAAUACACCUGGCAAUACCCGGUUCUCACGACACCAUGACUUAUACGAUCGAGAAACGCAAUGACGUGGGGCCGGACGAGCCGACCUUCAUUCGCACACUCGGCCGCUACUGUUCCUUCGUUGCCAAGCCCAUUAUUCUAAAUUGGUCCAUUACACAACACGACGAUAUCAAGCGACAGCUGAACGGCGGAAUUCGAUAUCUGGAUCUGCGCGUCGCUACGAAACCCGGGAGCAAGGACGUUUACUUCCUCCACGGCCUGUACGGUUCCGAGGUCAGCCGGCCUCUUCUGGACGUCGCUGACUGGCUGACCUCGCACGCGAACGAGAUCGUCAUUCUGGACUUCCAGCACUUCUACGCCUUCACCGACGACGAUCAUCACCGUCUCAUCGACAGGAUAUACGAGAUCUUCCGCGGGAAGUUGUGCCCGGUCUCCUCCAGAUUCGAUCACAUCACGCUGCGCUGGCUCGUCACCAGGAAAUACCAGGCCUUCGCGAUUUACAGGAACGUCUAUGCGCACAAUUACGCGAAUCUAUGGCCGUCCGGGCUCUGGAGAACCGUGUGGCCCAACACCGUCCGGGUGGACGAGCUGCUCGACUUCCUGAACAUCGAACUGCAGAGCAGAUCCCUGGACAUCGCGUUCGUGUCGCAGUGCCUGUUGACGCCGGACACGCCCUACGUCGUGAAACAUCUGUGCGGUACCCUGCAGAGGGACCUGGUGCCCCUCUGUCAAAAGGCGAUUCUCUCCUGGAUAAAUCAGAAGAGACCCGGCCGCGGCGGAUUGAAUAUUGUUAUAGCGGACUUCGUCUCCGACAGCAACUUUCUGUUCUCCAAAACUGUCAUUCAGAGUAAUACGAAACUCCUGCGCGAUUCCGCGGAAGCUUUCUAGAUUUUCUAUAAUAUCGCACCUCCUGCUUAAGAGUACAAAUGCGCAACAUGGUAGACUUUAGAUCUCUACUAACGCUUCUCACUCCAUAUACAUUAUUAUUAUUCAUAUAUAUAUGCAUAUAUAUUCAUCCGGUGAGUUAAUAUCGUUUAAAAAUUGUUCAGUAUUGAUAAGAAUUUUUAAAACUAACGUGGAAAAAGUCGAGGCUAUUAUUAACGAUUAAAUUUUUAAGGUAUAUAUUUCUAUUACUGACCUAUUGUAGUCGCAAUUAUACAUAUUUAAGCUAAACACUGUGGCACGUUAUUUGGAAAACAGACGUUUAAUUAUCAUAUAUUAUAUACAAUAAAUAAUAUAUAUAUAUA